AUGCUCAAAGCAUAUCAGUCCCGUUCCAGACUGCUGGUGACGUCACCGCAGAGCUCGGUGCCGCCGCGCAUCACGGAUUCUCGCAGCCACGUGCAGGCCCGCUACAGGCAGCCCGUGGAGCUGCCGUGCGCCGCCCAGGGCUUCCCUCUGCCCUCCUACACGUGGUUCCACAGCGUGGACGGCCGGAGCGCGCCCGUGCCGCUGCCGGGACAGAACCGCGUGCGCCAGGUGGGCGGCAGCCUCUACGUGGACGGCGCGCUGCUGAGGGACUCUGGCCGCUACGUCUGCGUCGUCAACAACUCGGUGGGCGCCGAGCGCGCCUCCACCGCGCUGCUCGUCACCACGCCGCUAUCAGCAUACAUGGUGCCACAGCAGCAGACGGUGGACGUGGGCCGGACAGCACAGCUCAACUGCUCCACUGAGGGUCAUCCUCAGCUGGCCAUCUCUUGGCUCAAGGAUGGCCAGCCGCUACACACCUCUGGCAGGAUCAAGCUGGUCACCCCACAGACGCUGCGCAUAGAGCAGGUGGAGCGGUCGGACCUGGGCAUGUACCAGUGCAUCGUGUCCAACAACGACGAGACGGCCCAGGGCACCGCCGAAAUCAGUCUGGGCGACGCGGCGCCCGUCCUGUUGUCGACGUUCCGCAGCGCCGUGGUGCGGCCCGGCGACGCGUGGUCGGCGCAGUGCGAGGCGUCGGGCUCCCCACUGCCCUCCGUGUCGUGGCUGCUCGACGGCCACCCACUCACCUCAGAGGGCCACGUGCAGGUGAGCGUGGAGGCGGGCAGCGCGGCGGUGUCGGGCCGCGUGCGGCUGGCAGCGGCGGCGCCCGAGGACGCGGGCGUCUACGAGUGCGUGGCCAGCUCCGCCGGCGGCGUCGCGCGCCACGCCGCGCCCCUCCACGUGCGGGGACCGCCGCGCGUGCGGCCCAUGGCCGACCGGCGCGUCGUCGCCCGCACCGACGCCGCCUUCCACUGCCGCGUCACCGGCUACCCCGUCAGCGAGAUCCGCUGGCAGAAGGCAGAGGCGCCAGAAAUUGAUCCAAUAAUAGUAAAACCAGACCUCCAAGAAGGCAUGCGGAUGAAUCUGAUGUGUGUCGUCAGCAAAGGGGACUUCCCAAUUGCUAUACAGUGGCUAAAAGAUGGAGUAGCAAUAAAUUAUGAACAAGGAGUGUCUGAGAAGAGUUUUGAUGAGUAUUCGAGCACCCUCAGUUUCAACAGCCUUAUGAUGAAACAUACCGGAAAUUACACUUGUCAGGCAUCAAAUGCUGCUGCUUCAAGGAACUACACAGUGGAAGUGGUUGUUAAUGGUAUCAUGUUUAGUAGCAGUUUAUAG